UAUUCUCCGGGUCGGAGAUAAAGAUAAGAUAACAUACGAUUUAUAGUCUUAUAUAGACUUGUUUUUAUUAUUAUGCCUUUUUUUUUUUUUUUAUUAGUUUCCGGUAUAAAAAGCAUUUAUUCAAGAUAACAAGAAUAAUAAGAUUAUGAAUUACGUAGAUUAUACUACAUACUGGUGUAUACUAGCGUCUAGCUGAUGACCUUAUUUUUUUUUUUGCUUAUCGGCCUGUCUCCGGGGCUGCUUUCUUUCAAAGGUGGCAACCCUAACACCGACUCAUCAGUGGCUGAUACCAAUACCCACUACUAUUUUUUUUUUCCCCUACAGAAUUGCGAGUUUUAGUUAGGAAUAUGAACAAUAUUUUUGCAGUGCGGUCGUAUUUCUGUAGGUUAUCUCAUAGUAAUUACGAUGCAUUACAAAUACUAGGCGCCUGAUUUAUAUAUUGAUACGCAACCGAGCAUACAAGCAUAGAAUAAACAAUGUUUCUUAUCAGUUAUUCAGUUAUCAUAUCUUAAUCCGUGGUUCGUUACAAAUGCCGAGUCAAAAUACGCUGAUUCAUUGAAAAUAUGUCGAACCAUUUAGUACUUUAGUACUUUGCAGUAUUUGACCACAAUACCUAACAUACUCAUGUGCGCUCAUCGUGUUCAAAUGGCCAAGUAUAUUUUACUUUAUAAUAUGGUAGUGUGUUGUGACUUGUGUUUAAUAUAAUAUUAUGAUCACAGGUUAUCUGUGAUAUUAUCUUGGCCGGCUAUCCACGUUUUUUUUUUUUUUUGAGACAUUGUAAGUCCUUCGUGAGAAAACCUAUUCUGUAUUUCUAUGAUCUUACCACAGUCCGACGGUAUCGGGCGCUCGCCUUCUCGGCAGUUGGAACUUUGGAAGCCCGAAAAAUGUUCAGACGUCGGUGUCGUCGGUGACCGGUGCAGCUGUGUCGUCAGCCUGCGCUCUGCAAUAUUGCAUUGCAGUGCCUCAUGUGACUCUGGUUCAUCUUCAUUCUACUUCUAAAUACCUAGAGUAUAAUAUAUACUUACCAUCAUAACAUAAUUACCUAUAUUAUUAUUUUUAUAUAAUAUUAAAUAACAUGGACUCUCAAAAUCAAAAUAAUAGUAUGAACAAUGCAUCAAAAAAAAAAUCGUCCAAACAAGAAAAGAGUUUUCGAGGAGACAUAAAUCAUGGUAUAACUUCAUUUAAAGCUAUAUUAAACCAAGAUGUUUGUUUUGAGGAUGACAAUAACGAACGAUACCUUAAUGAUUUAUCCAUUGGGGACUUGAAUACUAAAGUUAAUAUGUAUAAUUCAUUGUACUUGGAAAAUAAAAUCAAUGUAGAUAAUGCAUUUGAUAUAGAUUUAAUCAGUUGUGUACAACAAAUGGUAAAGAGAUCUAAAGAAACGGAUAUUUUGGUUAUUAGUAAUACAUUUGAUGCCAUUAGUAAGGUGUACUCAUGUAGAGUUGAUGAUAUUUUGAGUACUGGUAAUAAAUUAAUUAAAGAAUUUGUGGCAGAAACCAAAAACAAAAAGCUUGUUAAAGAGAAUGAGGCAAAACCAAAACAAAAAUCUAGAAAAAAACUAAUGUUAACAACAGCAGAAAAGUUACGCUCUAAAGACAAACAAAUGCUACCAUUGAAACAUUUUUUUAAUGUUGAUUUUGGCAAUGAUAUGAUUGACUAUGCAAAACCUUCAAGAAUAUUGAUGAAUAGGUAUUCUAAUGACACUUAUUGGCCAGAAUACAGUGUUUCCAAAAAUGUUCCAAAAGUGAAUGAAAAUCAACAAGAAACAUUUUAUGAAAUGGAAAAUUUAAGUCUAUUAAUCAAAAACGCAAAAAUUUGUCCGUCAUUUCAUAAAUUUCUUGCUGAAUGUGAUAAAAGUACAAAUUGUGAUGAUGACAUCGACAUAAACAAAUUAGAUAAUAUUCAAACACAUUUUAGUCAAGAAACAUCUGCAUCUUGCGCUAACAAUUCUGAAGAAACUGAUGAUUCAAUGGAUGAAGAUUUCAACAAACCAAGUUCAGAAAUAAUAAUAAAUACAAGUCCAGGAUCAUCUAAUCAGAAUAGUAAUCGAUUUGGUAAACAAGAAAAUUUAAGUGGGUUGUAUUACUGUUAUAUUUAUAAAAAAAAAUAAUAUUUGUUGUUGUUU